AUGGGUGCCUACGUCAAACUCCUCGAAUACGACAACAUCGACGGCAUGAUCCUGCUCUCCGAGCUCUCCCGACGGCGUAUCAGGAGUAUACAAAAGCUGAUCCGGGUGGGGCGAAACGAGGUAGUCGUCGUACUACGAGUGGACAAAGAGAAGGGCUACAUCGAUCUGUCCAAGCGAAGAGUGUCACCGGAAGAUAUUGUCAAGUGCGAGGAGAGGUUCAACAAGGGAAAAAUGGUCGCAAGUAUCAUGCGCCAUGUAGCUGAGAAGACCAAGACGCCGAUGGAGACGCUGUAUCAGGAUAUUGGAUGGCCGUUGAAUAAGAAAUAUGGACAUGCGGUUGAUGCGUUCAAGCUUUCGAUAACCAACCCAGACGUCUGGGCCGAAGUAACCUUCCCCUCAGACGUGGUAAAAACUGAACUUCAAUCCUACAUAUCCAAGCGCCUAACACCUCAACCCACAAAAGUCCGCGCCGACGUCGAAGUGACCUGUUUCGGCUACGAAGGCAUCGACGCAGUGAAGAACGCGCUGCGGGCCGCCGAAGCCCAAAAUACCGCCACUCAUACACCCUUGAAAACAGCUGACGGCCUCGACAUACCCCGCCCCAACGAAGCUACUGUCAAGGUGAAGUUGGUGAGCCCGCCGUUGUAUGUGCUCACGAGUCAGUGUCUCGAGAAGAGCACGGGGAUCGCUUGUCUGGAGAGGGCGAUUAAAGAGAUUGAAGGGAAUAUCAGGGCGAAUGGAGGUGGAUGUGUUACGAGGAUGGCGCCAAAGGCGGUGACGGAGAACGAUGAUGCGGAGUUGCAAGCGCUGAUGGAGAAGAGGGAGAGGGAGAACGCGGAGGUCAGUGGAGAUGAGAGUAUUAGCGAAAGCGACGAGGGGGUUGUUGCUGAGACGAUUUGA